GACUUCGAAAACGGAGCUACUGGAGUUCUCAUUCAGUACAAGCCGAAGGACUGGGCCUUCGAGCCGGCGCUCAGCAUCGAGCCGAAGGCUCCGGAGGCCAAGCAGGAGGUGGUGAAGAGGAAGGAGGAGCCGCAAGUGGCCUCACUGGAAAUUCUGUCUUCCAUCAUGACAGAGAUGGGCUACGAAGUCGACAUGGACAACCUGGACCAGGGAUUCUUCUCCAGUGGACUGGAUUCCUUCGACAUGGGCGUCAUCCAAAACAGGCUAGGGCGCGCUCUUGGCCGGACACUGCCGGCGACGCUGAUGUUGGACCUCCCCACUGUGAAGGAGCUGACCGAGCAUCUCGACAAGGAGCGCGGCGUAAGCGCUCAAGGUGCCGCCGAAGCCGAGGCCAUUACGGCUCAUACCGAGGUCAUUGAGGAGCGGCGCGAGCGCCCGGAGCGUCGCACCGAGCGUGCCAGCGACGAGACCAUCACCGAGUGGGUCCGCUGCUGGCGUCAGUACCUCUACAAGAAGCAGAAGGUGCCGAGUUGUGCCAAGGGUCCCGAGGGCGAGGGCGAGGGGAAGACACCCUUCUGA